AUGCAAAAGUGGUUCGAGGAGGGCUCCUCCGGGAUCGAAGAUGCGCCCGAACUGACGACGUGGGACCGCUUGGCGCCUUCCAUCGCGUUCGCCGCCCUCGUGGUUGGUUCCUGCAUAGGGUUCGCCGUGAUCUACAACCCUCCGGAGCCAGGCGACCGCCUAUUCCCCGAGAUCUCGCCCGCAGCCGCGACGGUGGCCACGCUCAUCGGGCUAAACGUGGCGGUGUGGGGCCUAUGGAAGGUUCCACCGCUCUGGCGGUUCCUCAAUAGCUACUUCAUGCUCGUCGUGGGCAUGCCUAAGCCCGUCAGCAUCCUCACGAGCAUGUUCUCCCACCAGAAGCUCGGGCACAUGGCGCUCAACAUGGCGGUGCUCUACUACAUUGGUAACCGGCUGCACGACGAGGUGGGCCGCGCCAACUUUUUAGGCAUCUACCUCUCGUCGGGGGCCAUCGGGUACGUUUCCAGCCUGUGCUUCCACGCCGCCAACGUCGCCAGCCUCGGCGCGUCCGGCGCCGUUCUCGGCAUCACGGCAGCCUACUUUUGGCUGCACAUGUGGGACAAGUUUAGGAUCAUGGGCUUCCCCGCCGAGCCUAGCGAGGGUGUCGACGGCGUUGCGUUCCUGGUCUCCGUCGUGAUCUGGAACCUCGCCGCGGCCUUUGCGCCUUCUAAAGUCGCUCAGGCAGACAUCAUCUCGCACAUGGGCGGCCUCCUCUCGGGUAUUGGGCUCGUCCACGUCUUCCAGACCGUGUUUAAGACCAUUCCCGGGGAGAUGAUGGCAGCGAGGGCGAGCGCAACCACAGCAGCAGCAGCAGCAGCAGCAGCGGCGGCGGCGGCGGGGAUGGCCUGGGCAGAGAUGGAAGCGACGCAGGCACACGAUCGGGACGAACUAGCGUCGUCCCGGAUGCCGGUGUCGAGGUGCCGAACCCGGCACAGCAGCAUGCACCCGGCCCAGAACGGAGAAACAAAACUUUUGACCUGUGGGGCGCUAACCACGAGAAGUCGUAGCAAGUGGAUUAGGGAAAACGUGCAGCGUUCUCUCUAG